AUUUUAAAACGUCAUGUAGCGUGAUUGGGACGAUGGCCACGUCACAAUUACGUUACGACGUCGAUACGAUGGGUCAGAGCAUUGUCAUGGCCCUGCGUUCGGUCCGGUUACGUCAGUUUUGAUUGAGUUACGUCACGGUUAGGUUGUUGCGUGGACGUCGCCGCUGGUGAUGCUACGCUAGAUAUUUAGGUCACUACCAAAGUGAUGCUACGCUCGAAUAUUUAGGUCACUGUCUGCGGUUCGUAACAACCUGAUGCAGUUUCGUAAUGGUCGAUGCGGUGCGUAACAUCCGGACGCUAUUAUAUUGUGUGAAGAUACGACGAGAGUAUCGCGGUACCGACAUGGCGGCUUACCGUUUGAUUGGGACAUGCGGAGCCGUUACUGGCUUCGAUUCCUUGUGGUCGGACAUACAAUAUGGUGUACACUGCAGAUGAUUAUCUUUCAGGAUUUGAACCUUUUUUUCUUUGAAGAUAUUUCAAUGAUUAUGUCCGCUUUAGUUACUUUUUAGAGUCGUCCAAUUUUGGUUAUAAUUGAGCUGUUGUGUUUAUUGCAUGCUGUGUUGCACUUUUCGUAUUUGCACAUCGUUGUAAUAUUUUUGUCUUUUUGUCGUCGUCGUCGUACACAUGUGUAUGUGCCUUCGUUGUAUCAUUUUUGUCUAUGGGGGUUUCUUUAACCUGCGUGGACAGUAACAUCCCGCAAGGGUUUCUCACCUAAGUAGAAACCCACUACCAUUGGCUGGGGGCUUGUCGUGCCGUAGUGGCUUUCCACCAACGCCAGCCACAUAAACUAUGAAGGUAUUUAUUUAAUCCUGUUCUAUUUUGCAGAAAGUCGCUUUAGUUGAACCUAUAGACAAACGCUACCUAAUUACAGUUUCAAUUUAUUAUAUGUCCAUUUCAUUGUUGAAUUCUUGUCACUUUCAGCAUUAAUAAAUAAAUAACCACAGCCAACUUAUUUAAGCUGUUCUUUAUUUUAAUCGAAACCGGAACCGGGACCGCUUGAAUCGUUUCGAAUCGUUCCGCACGUGGGCAGUAGAAGCAUAAAUAAACUAAAAAAUGCAAAUGUUGGAUUGUUUGGCAUUCUGUUCUGGCUGUCGUGGUGGAAGGUUGCCUCCUACUAUCCACGAAAAUGGUUAUACAGCAACAGGUUAGCUAGUCACAGGCAGUGAAGAGAAACACCAAUGUUAAAUUAAAAAGGCCUUGCUGUUUGUGGUUCCAGACAGAGGAACCAUGUAAGAGAGAGGAUGUAUACGAGUUGCUGAAACGAAUGAAGUUUUCAAUUGACAAAGUAGUUGGUAUUGUGGAAAGAAAAAAAUCAAAAAUCGAUAUUACGUGUACCUCCAGAGAUGCGGUGAUGGAACUUCUUGAUUUAUUGAGAAAAGACAACAAAAUCAAACAUACAUUUCUGUAUGAGAGCGAAAAUAUUGAAGUUUUGAUUGGUUGGGUCCCGGUACCACUCCAAAACAAAAGUAUUGCAGAAGCUUUGCAAUACUAUGUAGCCGUGCAAGAGGUAAGGUCCAAAAAGGAUAAAAACGGAAAGCUGUUGGGCACCAGAAUUGCGGUAAUAAAGAAAAACGACAUUGAUAGAUCCCCCCUGCCAAGCUACAUAAGGGUUGAACGGGAGGAACUCUACGUGACAUACAGCGGCCAAUUAAGGACCUGUAAACUUUGCGAGCAAACCGGGCACAAGCAAGCGGAAUGCCCGAACAGAAAAAACGAGUUUCCCGCGCUGCCUCAAGCAAGAAGCGUAUCCAACGCACCUCGAGCUCCUGACGCGCUCACGUCACCUGAUAAGAACAUGGCUAGCGAGCCCGCGGGCAAGAACGAAGAUAAAGAAAACGCCCCUAAAGAAACCGAGGCGAAAACAACAAACAUUAUCACGACACCAAAACGAAAACGAAGAUUGGUCUAGAGCCCUUCUGUGGAUCAACCUUCACCAAAAUCUUUAAGCCACGGUGGAGAAAAUUACGGAGUAAAGUGUGGUAAUUGUCACCGAGAAGGUUUUGUCCAUGAAUCCAACGAUCGGUUCUACUGCUUCCACUAAAUGUAUUUUCCGUUUUUUAAAAAACAAAAAAUUCGACGUAAUCCUAUUGCAGGAAACACAUAGUAGCUUGGAUGUAGAGGUAAUGUGGAAACGCGAGUGGGGAAACGCGCAAACCUUUUUUUCGUACGGUACUACCUCCGCCCGAGGCGUUUGCAUUCUGUUGUCGCCACAACAGAAUUGGACUGUACAUCAUACAGAGAGCGAUACUGAAGGAAGAUUCCUGAUCGUCUCGAUUUCGGCAGGACCAAAACGGCUUACACUGGCAAAUGUAUACGGACCAAACUCCGACAACCCAUUUUUUUUAUUCGUUUUUCGGGAUAAUAAACGAUUAUUUAGAUAACGACGCUAUAA